AUGGCAAGCUUAAGGGUUUCCAUUUCUAUAUUGGUUCUCUAUCUGAGCACUUUCAUUCUCAACUCUGUUCUCUCACUUUCCAAAUGCAGCACCUACCUGCCAGAGAACCACAGAGCCCUAUUCAUAUUCGGAGACUCACUAUUUGAUACUGGAAACAAUGAUUACAUCAAUGCCACCACUUUUCUUCAGGCUAACUAUCCCCCAUAUGGGGAAACUUUCUUCAACUAUCCUACUGGAAGAUUUUCUGAUGGACGUAUAAUACCAGAUUUCAUUGCUGAGUAUGCAAAGUUGCCAUUAAUUCCACCAUACCUGCAUCCUGGAUAUCAUGAUGAGCACAUUUAUGGGGUUAAUUUUGCAUCUGCAGGAGCUGGGGCUCUGGUUGAAACUAAUCAAGGACUGGUGAUAGACUUAACAACUCAGGCAAAUCACUUCACAGAAGUUAGCAAACAAAUAAGGCAGAAACUAGGAGAUGUGGAAGCCAAACAAUUGCUCUCCAGAGCUGUCUAUCUAUUUAGCAUAGGAGGCAAUGAUUAUGGCACCCAUUUCAUCACAAACUCAAAUAGUGCUGUGGUUCUUCCAUACCCUCAACAACAAUUCGUAGAUUUUGUGAUUGGCAAUAUUACAGCUGUAAUCAAAGGAAUAUAUAAUGAUGGUGGAAGAAAAUUUGGGUUUGUAAAUGUGGGUCCUUUGAAUUGCUUUCCACUUCUAAGGAGGCUCGUGAAUGGAACAACAAUAAGUGCAUGCCAGGAAGAAGCAGCUUCGGCACUUGCAAGACUACACAAUAAUGCUUUUCCCAAAAUGCUUCAGAAGCUUGAGAAACAGCUAGAAGGGUUCAGAUACUCAAUUACUGACUUCUACAAUGCACUUAUUGAAGUAAUGACUAACUCUUCAAAUUAUGGUUUCAUAGAGGGUAAUGAAGCUUGUUGUGGAGGUGGUGCUUACAGAGGAGAUUAUAGUUGUGGAGGGAAAAGGGGAAUUGAAGAAUAUGAACUAUGUAACAAUGUUAAUGAGUAUGUGUUCUUUGACUCUCUUCAUCCCACGGAGAGGGCUGCUGAACAUUUCGCCAAGAUAAUGUGGAAUGGUAACAGAGAUGUUGAACCUUACAAUUUGAAGCACUUGUUUCACUACGGUUGGGACGAGUCCAUUUUUGACACAUAUUAUGGGUCAAGUAUGGGUGACUUUGAAAUGUCAUAG